UUGAGAGGUGGAAUCAAGUUUGAAACACAAUUAUAAACGUUUGAUAAAAGGUAAUAUUUGUUGAAGACUUAUAGCUGGCACUAGUGGCCUUUGAAAAGAUAAACAAUAUAGGUUGUAAAAUGACACUUAGUGCAGAAAUAAAUAAUGGUGAAUUCGGCAAAUCGCACCGGUGCGAACUGGGGCGCGCCAAUGCGCCCUUUCAUCCAAUCGUCGUCGCCCCGGUGCGCGCCAGUGGGAUUUGCAGAAUUCGCCAUGAGAUACGUACAUGACACUAGUGAAUCCCUGUACAGUACAGUUAAGCAAGAAAUAAGAAAAAUGGCAAAAGUGAAAGGUGAAGUCCAACUGAAAUAUGUAAUAAAUUGCAAUAUGCGCAGGGAAAAGGAAAUUACUGGUUUAGGAUCUUAAACCACAAGGUUUCUUCUACAGAGCGAAGGGCCAAUGCAUUUCGUCGGACACAUUCAAAAUUAAUAUCUCGGAACUGGUGAUGUCCAGAGAAUGCUAUAAUUCGUAGAUUGAAAUAUGUGGCGUAAAUUAAUUCCUUAAAAAGUUGAUUUGCGUAAUUACGUUAAUUAUUCAAUUGAAAAUUUUGAGUUCUCGUAGAAGUAAUGGCCGUCUCGUUGAGUAAUUUAGAUAAAGGUUCAGAGUUGUGCUAUCUUCCAUAGGCAUCCUUUAAUAUACUUGGUGCAGCUAAAAAAAAAAAAAAAAAAAAAAAACCCAACUCCACUCUGUAUAUGGAAGAGCAGACCAAAGUUGGACCGCUCUGAAGCUGUACAGUUCACUCGCUGACUAUCAAAAUGUCUCAUUUCCUCUAAAAAAAAAUUUUUUUCUCUAAUUUGCACCAAGAAAGUUUGCCUUCGCUUAUAUUUAAGAGGCGUUGAACCGUUUGAACGGUUAUGGAACCACACAUAUAUUGACUCGAUGGUACAUUCACUCCGACCUGAAGCGCAUCUAAUACGUCAAGCAUACUCAAGUUAAAGUUCUAUAUGAAAGUUCUGAACCGCUGCGCAAGCGAUGCGGUCUAUGCGGUCUUUUGGCACGACGACUGCAUUCUGUUCUUAUUAGAACACCAUGGGGCAGGCUCGCGGUUUACGGCCGCCGAACGUGACAUUCCUGAAGAUAUGCGGCUCCGAAGCAAGUACAUGGUGCUGUUUCCGCCGCUGCUGCCUAGCCACGUGUCUACUUCCCUACUUCUCUCCCACAUUUGCAUCACGUAGCGGGUUUCAUUUAGCAAUCUGGCUACCAUGAGCCUGGCUUAAAGCCGUCUGCUGUUGGACGGAUGGCACGGAGAUAUGCGAACUCUUGAGACAAGUGUAGUUUGCAGCGUCUGUGCAGCUGUCGCUCACUACUGGCCUAUUUUGUACUCAUAGUUACUUGUAGUCAACUAUGACGUCCCUCUACAGGAACGUAUUUUGGUUUGCGAAGGGCAUGAAAGAGUACAGCAGGAGCGGGUUUCGGUCUGCUUGCCGAACGUUCAACCUCCCAGACUUGGACGUUGAUUGCACCGGUAAAGUUUUCAUGAUUACCGGUGCCACGGGUACGCUUGGGAAGGUUGUUGCUAUCCAACUUGCGCAAAAAGGUGGUACAGUGCACAUCGUAUGCAGAGAUGAAGAGAAGGCAGAAGUUUUGAGGAAAACAAUCACUGACAUAACAGAAAAUGAGAAUACAGUUGUUGUGCACAUAGUGGACAUGUCUCGCCCCCAGGAUGUCUUCAGUUUUGCAAAAAAAUUUAAGCAAGACCAUGAAAUCUUGCAUGUUCUGGUGAACUGUGCUUCAACAAUCACACAAAACAGGGAAAUUGGGGAUGAUGGUCUUGAAAAAACCUUUGCCACAAACACACUUGGUGUCCAUGUCCUGAUCACCAACCUCAUUCCUUUGUUGAACCAGAGCUGUGAGCCACGAGUGGUGCUGGUCACCUGUGGAAGCCUGCUGAUGCAGCGGCUGGACCCAGUGGAUCUUCAGUUCGAGUGCAUGUUCCCUUUCAAUGGGCUGGCAGCCUUCACACAGACUAAACGUCACCAGGCUGUGCUGGUGGAACACUAUGCUGAGACUUACCCAGGCAUCCACUUCUCAGCCAUGCACCCAGGCUGGCUUGAACCCCAGGGGGUCAAGGAUGCUGUUCCGAAACUGCUGCGUAAAGUCUCUGUACGGUGCCGUUCGGUGGAGGAAGCAGCAGACACAAUUCUGUGGCUGGCCAUCUCGCAAGCAGCCCUCAAACACUCAAGCGGCAUGUUCUUUCAAGAUAGGAGGACAACUUGCCCCCACCUUCCCUUUGGCAAGACAAAGACAAGCUUGGAUGAUGAGAAGUUCUUUAUGAGGAACUUAGAAGACUUUGUUAACAAGUUGGGGCUCUCUUAGCCUCUACACAAUAAGCAACCACAAAAGUGGUAUGCCUGUAACCGCUACGGCAGCUUUGGUGCCCGACUUACUUAGCCGCCCUUUCAUGUGCUCAAGGAUGUCCCUGGCUGGUUUCUGCUACAGAAGGUGACUAGGUACAGUUUUCAUGUUCAAGCAAUUCUUGUACCUGGUAUAACUGUUGCAAUUUCUAUGCAUUUUGUGUAAGUUUUCAGUGUCUUAAAAGCUGUGUGUGUAUGCAACUUUCCAGAUAGGCUUUUUAUGUUAAAAAGAUGAAACUGUAUACUGUAUACUGUGUGAUCCAAGUAGAAUAAUUUAUUAGUGCAUCAUAUGUGCAGUCAGAAUGAAAGUAAGUCUGCGAAAGUUCCCACCUGUUCAGCAGUUCAAUGCCAGAAGAAAUGCCAUUUCCUUGAUGUAUAUUAAACUGUAGAGAUGCUUUUUUUUUCCUCUGUGCUUUAGUACUUUUUCUAAAAAUGAGCUUCUGCUGUGUUGACAUAAUUUUGUAAAUUUAUGUGUACUCAGAAAUGUCCAGUGAGUAUAUUAAUAUGCUAUGUAAGCACCUACUUCAGUUAUAUCUGUGUUCAAGAUCUUUCCUCAAACAGCAGUUAUUGUUUAAAUGCUCAGUGUCUUCAUAGACAUAUUUAUUGGUGAUAAAGACCACUACUUGUGAUGUUAAAAUGCAUAUAAAGGCUACACUUUAAAUGUGUGUGUAUAUAUGUGUGUUUGGUGUCCUGUGGUAUGCAAAUGCAUUGGUAUUGUUACAUGUACAAUUUUCUCCUUCUUUAUUCCGGUCACAACUGCAAUAGAAAAAAAAAUGCAUUGUUACCACUGAAGGACUCUGCAGUCUUUAUGAACUGCAACGAAGGAGAUGCCAUUUCUGUGUGAACUUGUGCUGCAUUGCAUAACUAUGCACAAAUGAGAUUCUUUGUGUCACAACAUAUAACACAUAAUUUUUAGGACACUAUUUUCCUGCAACUCAUCUCUAAACAAUCCUGGAGUGAAUUUGCUGUGCGAACGCCAAACAAAACUGGUUUAUGAAAAUAAAAAAUAAGUUGCAGUUUUGCCAGAAAAGCGAAGCAUUGAUUGCGAUAGCAAAUUAGCAGACAGCCAUACAAAGUAAGGAUAGCUCUUUUAUUGGCCACAUCAUCUUGUGAAUCUGCUUGCUAACUAUACUAACAAGCAUAGUGUCAGUUCGCACAGCAAACAAAAACACAUCACACUCGAUAACCGUGGACACUUGCUGUCGAAACGCUGUCGUGAGCAAGUGCGGCAGCAACAGCGAGUGAAGUGAGCUUCGUGCAGCCGCUCACCUAAACGCUAAGUGGCGAAAACAAAGCGCAGUGGGACUCUGUAUCCGUCGCUGAUGGCUUUCAAAAUACAGUGGCCCGGCCGGGCAUGCGCGGCCUGCCGCAGCGAUGGUGACACCGACAGCAGAAAUGCGCCUGGAGUGUCCACGUCAUUGCUGUCACAAUAAAAUGAGCCAGCUGAAUCUGGCACUGGCAAACUGGCAGUGCUUUUUAGUAUACAAGAUAUGCAGCCCGUGUUGAAAGUAUGAGUAAAUGGUUGUUUGAAAUGCCUUUUGUAAGGGAUGAAUUUGUAAUACAGUAGCAGCAAGUAAAAGAAAAUGAAUGUGACACAAUUAUUGGUUGUUUAGUUUUACACUUCAGUACAUUUUUUAAAUGGGUGCUGCAGCAAUUUUCACGAAUGGUGAAUGUCUGAGGCUAUGGAGAAGGCACCCUCCUCACAAAUUUGUUCCAACAAAAAGUUUUUUUGAUGCGUCUUGCAUGAAUGCAGUUCCAGUAAUCAAAUGCUGCCAAUGCAACACUCUUGUGGCCUUUCCCUGCUUAUUCAUCAUUCCAACUGAGCUGCCAUGGCUAUGCAGAACUAGGCCCCACGUGCUCUGUCCAGCGUCGAGCCACGCUUUUUUUUUUUUUUUAUUGACCUCAAGAUUGUGUAGUGUGAACCUGUUAUGCUGACUAAUCUAUGAUGUCACAGCGGUUAUGCAGUGCUGGUAUUCUCCACCACCAGAUGGCACCACUCUCCUUUGUUUAUUUAUUGAAUGUAUGUAUACAUUGAUUUGUUUACAUUUUAAUUUUGUCCUUUUUUCCUCUGAUGCCUAGGGUACUGUGUCAUAGCCUGCCUGCCCAUCCUAAGGGCAAAGUGACACAUCAUCCCGAGAUAUCUCUCUUUGCCUUUGCUGAAGGCACUGCUUAGUUGUGGUGUCUAAAAGAAUCCAGCAAAUGGCCAUCAUGAUUAAAAGCACAUAGAAACAUACACAGAAAGCAGCAGGGAUUUCAGCAAUUUAAAGGAAAAAGCAGGUGCUCGCUUUGAGUGAAAUUGUGGCUCCCUGCUGCAAGGAUUGCAAUAAUAGGCUUAUACCUAUAUUCAUGACAGCAUCGUCUAGUGACCAACCAUAUUUUUUUAACCAUGUUCAGAAAGUGUUGCAGGACCCAUUCCUUGGGAGCCCUUAAUCAUACAAAAGUGCGAAGAAGCAUUUUUCUUUGUACUCAAAUGGUUACACACCGCACAGAUCAAGAAAAUAUAUUAUUGUGUAGGGUACAUAUGUCCUAUAUAUUCCAAGGAAAUUAUAAAAAAAUUUAAGGGUAUUCAAAUAGUGAAAGUUACAAGUCACUUAAAUAUUGAGAAAAAUGACACUUGUUUAUUGAAUUGUCUUAUUUCUAAACAAACUAAAAGUUUAAGGUUACAAGAGUCCCUUUAAGUAAGAAAAGGCUUAGUUACAUCAUUUCAUGCAUGUAAAUGUCAUUCACAACUGGACGACCAGUCUAUUGUGGAACUUGUAAAUCGGUCACAAUUUGAAAGCAAUCAAAUCUGGUGCACCAUGACCGUGACAGUAAUAAUAUAAAGGAACGGCCGGCAUAUCACCAAAUGUGGGUAGAAAUAUUAUGUUAUGUUCCUUGAAGGAGUUAAAGGAAAUACUACGCAGCACAGCAAGUCGUUUUAAAAGGACACAAACACUGACACUGGCUAAAAUACCACUGCCCCUUCCAGUCUGUGAAGAUGGUCAAACAGCAAAGCUGUGUUUGUUACAUCGAGUGUUACACCAUGCAAGUCAAACUUUGCAAGCAGUCUAUAUUGUAAACCUUUUGUUUCACCAUUCUUUCACCUCAUUUUUGCUUUUGCGUGCUUUGCGUGGUGAGCAUGCUUUAGGAGUGCUCUGUUUUGCAAUUCUCCCAGUGUUUUUUUUUCACGUGAGGUUUCUGUCUGUGUUUUGCCGUGCUUUUUUUUUUUUUUCGUGUGCAAGUUGCUCUGCCCCUUUUUUGCCCUGGCGCUCGCAGUAGGCAGCUUCUUCCUCAGGAGUAUGCACUACUCGUGGUCUUGCUAUAGUUGUAGCUACCCGCCAUGGUUGCUCAGUGGCUAUGGUGUUGGGCUGCUGAGCACGAGGUCGCGGGUUCGAAUCCCGGCCACGGCGGCCGCAUUUCGAUGGGGGCGAAAUGCGAAAACACCCGUGUACUUAGAUUUAGGCGCACGUUAAAGAACCCCAGGUGGUCGAAAUUUCUGGAGUCCUCCACUACAGCGUGCCUCAUAAUCAGAAAGUGGUUUUGGCAUGUUAAACCCCAUAAUUAAAUUUUUUUUUUAAUAGUUGUAGCUGGGAUGGAAUGUGCGGAACCACUAAUCCAAAGCUCCGUAUAUUGGGCACAAAACCCACCCACUGAAGAUGCAGGCGCUGCAAUUGUUUUGUCCAUUGGUUGGAUUGGUUUGACGAUUGACAUGGAUGCUAGGACUUCUUGCUGGCACAAAAAGUGCCAGCAGCCACACACCCCUAGUGUCGCGUUUCAAUAGCUGGGCAUUGUUCAUUGGCCGCAAACCGCCAGCGUAAUGUUUGUUUCACGGCAGGGUGGAAUCACUCAUCGAUAAAUACGAUGCCGAUCUAGCUCGAUCAUCGAAAAUGUACCAUGUGACAACCGUAUAAGAUUCGUGUAUAAGAUAACAUUCUCGCAGGAGAAAAGGGGUCACCCCAUGGCAACCUAAAGCCCCUUAAACUUAGUAAAGUACUGCCACGCUUUGAAGAAUGCCGCCUCCUCCUCACGCGCUCUGGAAGAGGUCGACGCCGCGUCGCUAUUGGCCUAAUAGCAUCACGUGGGCCUUCGCGCCGUGCAUCAGCGCCAUUUUUGCUUGAGAAGCGUCUACGGAGUGGUGAGAAGCGCAUGUUGGCGCCGUUGCUACACUCGAGCAGUGUAGGCAGCGCCACGGUCGAGGAGGGAGCAUGAAAGAGAGGAGAAAUGAAUAGUGAAGGCAAAGGAGGAGAGUGUCACUACUUUACGAAAUUUAAGGGGCUUUACUCCAACCCUGUUCCCACUGUUGAGCUCUUUUCCUUCUCUCUCACUACGUCACGAGGCCCCUUUUUAGCGAAGUCCAAAGACGAUGGCACAGGGUUCGCAUAAACAGCUUUGCUGUAAAGAAAUUGAUUUCUUUGUCUAAAUCAAGACAACAGAUUAGUACAGACUGUCUAAAGACAAGGCAUUCUUGCUGAAUGACUGGAAAAUGUUGAAGGUAUGUUAACUUUUGCACACAUUCAUUUAAGAACCCACAACCUCCUGCUUUGGCUGCUGUAGGUUGCGAGUUCGAUUCCCACCGCCGCUGAGCACCCAAAGGUUCAGAUGGGCACAAGUGUACCCAGGCCUGGCGUUUGGAUUUUUUCAGGGGUGAUACGCUUGGAAAAGGAGCCCGAGCCCCGAAUUCCUGUAGAAAUCCUCGUGAGCACAAAAGAGAAAAGAUUCAAACAACAGAAUCAUUCGGAGCGGUCACUAUUUGAAUGAAUUUUUCUCUCUGUAAACUUUAAUUAAGAUGUUGCUCUUAUAUUCGAACAGAAACAAAUAUUCAACAAAUGUUAAUGAUGCAUUCUCAAAUCAAAUGGAAAAUAAUAUUUUAUUCGUAUUUGCUCAGGAGGUAUUGAUGGGCAAGUUGGUUGGCUAUUAUUGUUCUAUGGGCAGUGCAUUUGUUCAGACAUGGACAAACAUAAAAUCAAAUACAGCACUUGCGUUUGUGUGACAUAGUGUUCGUCCAUGUCUCUACAAUAUGCACUGCCUUUAGAACAAUGACGAUUCAUAUUGAACAUUCACACACCUCUAACAAAAAUAUAAGUUUACUUUAAAGUUACAUCAUGAAAGGAAGCAAUAGGAUAAAUAAAAACACGAUGUUGCAAUAUGCAAGGGCAUACUGACAAGUUGGCGCUUAAGCAAGGGGAAAAGAUACUUGUAGAUAACUGGACUUCGGUACAGCCUUAGAACUCUCUAGUCUCUCCAGAAAAGAUUGUGGUCUUUCGUAAACUAGUCUUUUGCAGAAAUGUAAGCAAAAAUAUAAAUAAUAAAAAGUAAAGUUUCAAGAA